AUGUCGUUUGGUCUCGGAUCGGAUGCGAAUGGACGACCUGUUACCUAUGUUGCUUGCAGCAACGAUCGUGCAGCUGGAAUGGAUCGCGGCAAGUGCACGAUGGCGGCUCAACUGGUCUGUGCACAGCCAAACUGGGUGACAGAUAACCGCCGACCAAACUUUGACGCAGCAUCCAACACCUAUACCAGCAAGCUCGGAUUCAAUGGUUUAUGGGGACGUGUCCCAGGCUAUGAUAUCCUAAACCUUCCCAUGAAUGAAGGGAUGGCGAUGGGGAUGUACCAGAACUUCAAGCUCUGUUUCUCCGGGGCCAGUGAUCUCCGGAACCUCAUACGGACCGUCAACUGUUUGCCCAAGGGCUACCAAGGUCGAUGUGACAUCCUCUUCAACGACCCUGAUGCAAUCUCCGCCAAUCGCAACCUUCUCAUCCUCUACAUCCUCGUUUCGGCUGGCCCUUCCAUCGACGAAGCAGCGGAGCUAGCAUUGCACUUGAUGUAUUCCUCCCGCUUGACAGCCACCAGCGCAGCCUACGUCCAACGCUGCGUUCACCUCAUCUACGGGGACUCAACUAGACAAACGGACAUGACUUUCCAGAGAAGCUUCACCACUCGAGGAAAGGGGAUGCUGUACUCGGCACAACCUGCGAUGGCGAUCAAGCGCCCCUUAGAGAUGUUCCUGUCGCGCUAUGAGCUUCCGAAAGCGAUGAGAAGGAUGAGAGACGUCCUUCUUGAUCCUGGAAGGAUUGAUGAUCGUCAGAAGGUCCUCGCCAAUUUGGAACCCGCACAUCGACUUGCCCACGUUCACUUUUGGAAGACGGGUGUUCUCGCGCCUUUCUCCAUGGACCUUACUCCUUUCAGCCUCCCAAAUCGACUCUCGUUCACACCCCAAGGGAGUUGGUUAGGGAGGCCCGACGACGUCUCCCCUCUGCAGGGCUGGGAUAUAUCCAGAGCUCAACGCGUAGGUCAACACUACGGCCUCGAUCCCAGCGGCGACAUUUUUGGCUGCCUCUUCUUCCACAUCAAGUACGAACUCCAGGAAUUCAUACACCGCAUCAAAUCUUUUCAUAUCACCAUUCACCAUACCUCGUACGACUCCCGCUUACUCUCCAAAGGAAUCUCUGUCGGCGUUCUCCCUUCCUUCACAGAUGCCUCCUUUGAUCGCAUUGACCUCGGCGCGAUGCCUGAUAAACUUAGUUUGUCGGAUUGCCUGAAUGAUUGGGCACCACUGAUGAGGAAGAAUAACGCGCAUUCCUGUUUGGUGAUGUCGUUUACGAGGUGGAGUGACGAGCAUGGGUCAUCCUUGGCUCGUGUUCCGCUUUCUAGUCCCGAGACGAUACUGCAGAUCUUGAAGAGGAGGUGUAGAAAUAUACCAUCACUUGGUCCUCGAUUGAAGAAACUAUUAGAACAAGGCCUGCAUUCACCCUCAAUGAUCCGUCUAAUCGAGUCAUUGGAUGUGUUUGUCGAUUCUGGUCCCGCAUUCCAAGAGUAUCUCCAAUCGCAAGACGUGAUUGGUAUCUCGCGUGCUCUCGGAAUCCGCCAGAGACGAAGGAAUCGCAUACAUUCCAAGCGCCUGGGACUUUCCCUUGAGGCGUCCCCUGGCCAAGUGCUUCCUGAUAUCACCAGACAGGAAUACUACAACCUUUUUAAUCUGGCCCGAGGCGACCUUUUGACAAGAUUUGUCGAGUUCGAAUUCUUGCUUGAUUGAAAUCCCUCCACUGCGGGGAGUCUGGUGUUAAAUCUCUCCCAUUCUGCACUGCUUUGUAAAUAAGAUGGGUCCAUCGCACAUUGAACAGUAUG